AUGGAGGAAAACCCCGCAGAGGAGGAUGUGAAUGAAAUCAACACGACGCUGCUUGAGCUACAGGACGCGUUUGCCACGGCGCUGCGGAAUGCCGGCGUGUUGGGGAAGUUGCGCGCACAACUCCGUGCUGCGGCCAUCAGCGUCAUUCGCGGUGACCCGUAUCUUCGCACGGCUGCUGUGGGAAAGACAAUUUUGCCAGCUGCCCUCUCGCCUGAGGGCCGCGUGGCGCUGAUACUGAUUGAGGAAUUUGCACGCGUGCACGGGCUGCAGCAGACAUUAGGUGUAUUUGAGGAAGAGGGCAACUUGAGCCUUGUGGGCGAGUUGGAGCGCAACACUGCGCGGCGGCUGCGAGGCUCACUGGAGUCAUCGGCGCUAGAGCAGUUGAUUGCAGCCGCAAUGGCGCGUGAGGCACCGCAGCUUCAAGGACAAGAACCGUUGAUGACGUCCGGGUCAGUGCUGCCUGCGUCCACCCCCUUUGUUUCUGAUGAAAGGGAAAAGGAAAGGGAGCAGCACGCGGGUGCCAGGCAACAACAGCAGCCGAAAAAAGAAGUUAGAGCAGAACUGGAGACACCGUGUCAUCCAGAGAUCGCCGCCGGGUUGAAGGAGUACGAAGACUCAAUUAAUUAUAGUAUUGUGAGCGUCACGGACCUUCCAGGCGUUGAUGAGAGCAAUUACGACAAGAUAGAGAAUUUUUAA